CGCUGGCUGUGGUGCUGAAGCGGCGCAUGCCGGGGGCUCGAGCGCAGACACACAAUCGAAGGCAUCCUCUCGCGCGAUGGUCAAAAAUAGAUAGAAGAGGGCUUGUAAUUCAGGAAUCUGUUCAUUUCAGCAUUGUCAUGUCUGGCCAAUUAUUUGUGAUCUUUAUAUAAAAUACAAUUUACGGUAGUCUGAAUUUGUGCAAGCUGUUUUGAUAGCUUAUUGCCUAUUUGCGCGGUGCGUGCUAGGUUUUUAUUAUCUCGCUCUCAUCUGUAUUGUUGUUGCCUGCCUGUCUCGCGCGUUCUUUAUGCACAGCACGCCGCUCCAGUCCUCUCGGAGUAAAUAGACCUUCGUCGGAACAGCAUGGCCCGGUCCAGUCGCGCCCACUGAGAGAGAUGGAAGCAAAACAACACUCCAUAAAGAGCCUGAAGAGCUACCCAGAGGCGGGGGGCCGGAGCCUGGCGGCGGCCGCGGGGGACGUCGGCGUUGGUGGAGGGUGUCUUGCCGGCUCGGCACAGAUGGAGAUGGAGGCAAACAUACAGAAAGCCAUUGACUUCAAGGUGGAGGGCCACCGCUGCUACAAGGAGAAGAAAUUCCGGGAAGCGAUAGGGAAGUACCACCGGGCUCUGCUGCAGCUGAAAGGGGUGCAUUUAGUGGAUGAAAGCACGGAUUCCGAGGUCAACCUCCUGAGCCAAGCCGCGGUCAAGCUGACCGAAGAGCAGCGGAGAACCGUGGAGAUCACGGAGAUCGAGUGCUACGACAGCUUGACAGCGUGCCUGUUGCAGUCCGAGCUGGUGAACUAUGAGCGUGUGAAGGAGUACUGCCUGAAGGUGCUGGGCUACCAGAGGGACCACUUCAAGGCCAUGUACCGCGCUGGCAUCGCCUGCUACCACCUGGGAGACUACGACUGUGCCCUGCGCUACCUGCGUGACGCCAAGCACCGCGAGCCCUCAGACACAAACGUGCUGCGGUACAUCCAGUUGACGGAAAUGAAGAUGAAUAGGGAGGGUCAGCGGGAGCGGGAGAGCGGCAAAGAGGCCCUUGGCUAACCUUUGACCUUUUGGCCUCUAUCACUAUGGCCUAUGCUACGACCCAUCCUACGUCACCUCUCCUCUCUGACCUCCUCUCCUCCUUUAUGGAGCCCAGUCCCAUUGAUGACUGGCCCGAGCGAUGCGCCUCAACCAUGUAAAAGAACAGGGCAGAAAAGGCCCUGUCUCUCUCCCUCUCUUUCUCCUCCUUCCCCCCCCCACCCCCCUCCAGGCGCUGUUGUUCUGUACCCCAGAUGCAGACUUUCAAACCAAGAAAAAACGAAGCAGAGGGAAAUACUAUACUAUACUCAUACAAAACAGUCAUGGUUGUCCGAAUGAGAAAAAAAACUGCUGAAAAAAAUACAUGAUCAAAGAAAAUUGCGUAAUUUAGAGAAGGUGUAAAAAAAAAAAGUUAAAUAGAGUAGAAUUUCUUAUUUAUUCUUUCGAUGUGAGGACUGAGGAGAGGUCCAGGGUUGGGAAAGGGACCAGGGGAGGGCAGGGGAAGGAGUUUAGGAGAAAGGAAAUGGUGUAACACAUAUCAAGACCUUAGGCCAAUUCAACUGUACACCCUGACCCCUGCCCUGUCACAAUGGAGGGAGGUCUGAAAGCCACUGACCCAGACUUGUCCCGGAGAGAGAUUGUCCCCCCAGUACAGUACAGAUCAGGCUAGCUAGCAGGCUACAGCUCUGUCUUUUUAAUACGGAAUAGUCUUCAGACAAGCCAACCUUUGCGCUCAUGUUCAAUCAAUCUUCUUUUUUGUUUUCAGCUUUUAGUACCUUGUCUCUAUUUCUGGACGGUUUUUAAAUUCAAGGGCUAAUUCAAGUGUUUGUCAUUUGUCCUUUGAUCAUUUUUUUGUCUCCUGUUUGAUUUUCAUUGCACUUACGACUAUCGGUUGUUAUGAAGCUAAAUGUGUGUCCUUCCUCUUUCUAAGGAACAGAACAAACUAACUCCCACCGGACUCGCUGUUCCUCUGUUUAACAGGUGUGUUUUUGUGAAACGGUGUCUUGAAUCUGUUGUCCAAUCCCCCCUGGAAUGUGUUGUGUUGUCAGACUGUUAACCCCCCCCCCCCCCCCCCCCCCCCCCCCCCCCCCCCCCCUAAUGAUGUCACAAUGGAAAAUAGCCAGUGGAACUGAGGUUCUAUCAAGCACCCUUGGCUGCACAGAGUUCUCUGAUUUUUUUACUCUGAGAUCUACUUCCAGGCCCUUGAUCACUCAUGCUGAACCUUCCCAGGCGUCAGUGACAUCACAAGACACUCUUGGUAGUGUUUGUGCAGGGAAUCCGAUCCCACAUGCUGUAUCCGUCUGAGGUGUAUCAGCCAUCUCAACCCAGUCAGAUAAAAACAUCAACCCGAGUGUGCCAUUUGAGAUUCAGUUGUGUGCCAGUUGUGCAUAUUUUAAUAGAUAUCAGUGUUGCGACAAACAAAGAAAUCGGUUCAGAAAAUAAAUUUGUACAAAAAUCGCUGUCUCCAUAGGCAGAUUACACAACGGUAGUGGUAGACCAAGACAAGGGAGGAUUGUGAUUGGGACAAGGCCAGAUAAUGACAUAUUACACAUACAGACCAUCAUACCACUGCAUACUUUCUAAAUACCAAUCCCAGUGAUGCUGAUAAAGCCUGAAGGGUUUCUAGGAUUUAUAGAAAUACGUAGACGUACCUGCCCUGUUCUAAAGGAGAGGUUUGAGUUGACCUUAAUUCCGCCAUCUAUUACCCGUGUAACCCAGUUUCCUUCACCCUAUGUGCAAGCCAAGCCCCUGCAUGGCAAUGUGUGGCUCAAAGGGGAAGCCAUUUUGGAUGUCAGGGAUAAUGUCUGGUUCAUUGCUUUCUAUAACAGGGCAGGUUACUCCCCCUGUCCAAUGUAUCCCACUAAUACCCUCUAUGCUCCCUGCAAACGUAGAAUGGGUUAAUGGAGUAGUCAGCGGCAUAGCCUGAAAAGGACCUCGGUAUCUUGUGUCUCGCAUCGGGUCAUUUUCUGAGACUUAUAUGGUCCCAUGCAGAAAGAAAUGAAGGUCAGCAGCAGUGGUCUGCCUUGGCCAAGGCGAGGAGACGAAUUCCAAAAGGACUUCAGAGGAGUGGAUAAUACUAGAUCAAAACGAUAACAGAUCUCAUCAUUUGCCUGUGGCCUAAUACAUUGGGACCAAAGUGCAUCAAUAAGAGGAGGCUGUUGAGGGGAGGACGGCUGAUAAUGAUGUCCGGGACGGUGGAAACCAUGUGUUUUGACGUAUUUGAUACCUUUCCACUAUUCUGCUCCAGCCAUUACCACGAGCCCGUCCUCCCCAACUCAGGUGCCACCCAACCUCCUGUGGUGUCAAUGGGACUCUGGAGAGGCAGCAGCGCGAUGCCUGGAGCAAAUUUGUGGGAUCCAGAGACGCGCUCCACUGUAGAGGCAAAUGGGCCAGCAGCACCAGUAACACAGCAGGAGUGCAGUGUCACUCUGAAACUGUGGAGAUGGGAUUAUGGUAAAGCAGCGUUGUGAAGAGGUUCGGGGGAGGUUUACACCUUGGUACAGAGACAACGGCGUGGAAAAACCCAGAGGCACCAAGAACUUAUUUCUCGCGCUCUCUAUUUCUCUCUCUGAUUCUCAUUCUCUCCACCUCUUCCCCUCUCUCCAGAUCUCUCUCCAUAUCUCAAUUUAAAUUCAAAUUGCUUUAUUGGCAUGACGUUUCAAUGUCCAUAUUGCCACGCCUACUUUGCAAAUGGAUAUAUAUUUAACAAUAUUAACAUCAUAAACAAAAUGUAAUAAUAAUAAUCGGGAUUGUCAAUGAGUAUACACUGAGUAUACCAAACAUCGGGGCAAGGACUCUACAAGGUGUCGAAAGCGUUCCACAGGGAUGCUGGCCCAUGUUGACUCUACAAGCUGUCGAAAGCGUUCCACAGGGAUGCUGGUCCAUGUUGACUCUACAAGGUGUCGAAGGCGUUCCACAGGGAUGCUGGCCCAUGUUGACUCUACAAGCUGUCGAAGGCGUUCCACAGGGAUGCUGGCCCAUGUUGACUCUACAAGCUGUCGAAGGCGUUCCACAGGGAUGCUGGCCCAUGUUGACUCUACAAGCUGUCGAAAGUGUUCCACAGGGAUGCUGGCCCAUGUUGACUCUACAAGCUGUCGAAAGCGUUCCACAGGGAUGCUGGCCCAUGUUGACUCUACAAGCUGUCGAAAGCGUUCCACAGGGAUGCUGGCCCAUGUUGACUCUACAAGCUGUCGAAGGCGUUCCACAGAGAUGCUGGCCCAUGUUGACUCUACAAGCUGUCGAAAGCGUUCCACAGGGAUGCUGGCCCAUGUUGACUCUACAAGCUGUCGAAAGCGUUCCACAGGGAUGCUGGCCCAUGUUGACUCCAAUGCUUCCCUCAGUUCCAUGUCAAGUUGGCUGGAUGUCCUUUGGGUGGUGGAUCAAUUCUUGACACACACAGGAAACUGUUGAGCCUCAAAAAUCCAGUGGCGUUGCAGUUCUUGACACAAACCGGUGUUCCUGGACCUACUACCAUACCCCCGUUCAAAGGCACUUACAUUUUUUGUCUUGCACAUUCACCCUCCGAAUGGCACACAUACACAAUCCAUGUCUCAAUUAUCUCAAGGCUUAAAAAUCCUUCUUUAACCUGUCACCUCCCCUUCAUCUACACCGACUUGAAGUGGAUUUAACAAGUGACGUCAAUAGCUUUCGCCCGGAUUCACCUGGUUCCGUCUACGUCAUGGAAAGAGCAGGUGUUCUUAAUGUUUUGUAUACUCAGUGUAUAUCUCUCUGUCUCUUACUCUCUCAACCUCACCACUGUGCAGUAGUGUUGUAUUGGUCCUUAUGGCUGGCUGAGCUGGUCCUACUCCCACAUGGCCCUAUAGGGAAUCUCCCCAUGGUCCUAUCUCUCCAAGGCAUCAGUCCAUCAUCCUGUUGUUAUCCCAGUGUGCUGAGUCAUUAUCGCUCCGUGUCUAUGGUUACUGUCUACACAUACAAAACAGGUCAGGGCUAAGUUCUUCCCACCCCUGCCCUAACAUGACCCAUUAUGAGAUAAACAAAGGAAUGACCCUGGACCAGUUAUUGUGGGAAUAAUGUUACAACGUGCUGUCUGUGCAAAUAUAGAUAGAGAGAGACAUCGUCUCUUUAGCCGUCUAGGUUCUGAAAAGACACGGCAAAAGCACAAACUAAAGUGGGAAAGUAAAUACGGGCCGUUUUUCUUCUCUUUCCUUUGAUGUCAUUGAGGUACAUGUUUGUCAAAUGUCACUCGUUUUUUGUGCUUACGAAACAAUUGUGAACAAAAUACGAAACUGAAAAGAAAAACGAAUGGCUGUUAAAAGCUUUACCUAAUUGAGUAAUUUUAUCAAUUGAUGAGAACGCAAGUGAAUGGGGAAGUGAGUUCGGUGUAGCUACACCACAGGCUCUCUGUCACGGUGUCUCUGUGUGUAGAUGUUAAGUAGGAUUUGUUGUCCCCUGUUUUUGGGAAAGUCCAUACCCAACUCUUAAGAGUUUGUGAUUCCCACAAAGUGACCGUGGAUCUCGUUGAAGAAAGUGGGCGUUGGAGAACCGAACCAGUUACAGUAGAAGUUAUUUAUGAGCUACAGCAACGAAGAACUCCGCUAAUCUGUUUUUCUUUCCUUUUUCCUCGUUUGCUUGUACCGGAGAGUAGGACUUGAUGAUGAGUACAUCGUGGUUAGAAGUCAAUUUGUUCCCCCAUUGGACCAUGUGAGGAAACGUCCGUUCAAUAUUCCAAAUCCAAAACAUUGGAGGACAUGAUAACUGGUUACAUUGAACUGUUAGCCCGGGAAUGCACUAUAGAUUGGUAAAUGAAGACUAUAAAUAAAGUUGAAAAUGAAAUUG